ACUUGAUCGUAUCCUAUUGUUUCUUUGCUAUAGGAAAUGCUGAUUUUUUAAAAAUCAUUUUAGAAAAAAGCAGAGCUUGCACAAGUUCUUAUACAAGCCCAUGCGCAAUGCAUAAGGGCAGCUAUUACACAUAAUAUUGCAUUGCACAAGUACUUGCACAAGCACUUGCAUGUUAUUUUCUCAAAUUUUGCUAAUAUAUUUUAACAUUUUCUUUGUAGAACGAUUUGCAAAGAUGCCAUUUCGACUCGCAAAUUGCGAAUUGUGACUUGCUAAUUCAUAACUACAAACAAUUAUUUUUUAUUCUUAUAGGACAAAAUAAAUCAUAAUGAAGAUACGAUUCAGUCAAAUCACCCUUGCUUUCAUUAUAUUUGGUGUAUUUGUUUACUUGCUGAUGCUUAACAACAAUUCAAAACUCAACAAUCAUGUAUACAUAGAACCUAGUUAUGUCAUUGCUGUGAAAGGUAACAAAAAAGUUUCGUUGUAUGCCCAAGUUAGAGGCAUUCCAUUACCUAAUGAACCUGUAAUUUUUUUAAGUAAGAGUUCUUUGUCAAAAUCACAGAUGUUUGUAUAUAAAAACAAUACUAAUUUUAUUGAUUCAAGUAAAAUACAUUAUUUAAAUUCUCAUACUUGGCGUGAGAUAUGUUACACAGACUUACAAAAUUUGUUAAAUUAUCCACUAUUUCCCCAUUUGCCCUCCACAAGAGAAUCACUAGAUAGUUUAGAAAUCCUAAACAUAAACAAAAUGGUGGGAAACCGCAUAUUUGGUUAUCUAUGUUUGCAGGAAACAAGUAAAGUUCAAUUUUCGAUUCUUUCCAGUGGUGUCAAUGUACAGGUCUGGUUAAGCAGUUCGAGCUUACCAAGUGAUGCAGACCUACUUUUUUCCCAACAAGUGGGAAGAAAAAGAGAAAAGUUCUCUAAGUUUGUUACAUUCGAAAGGGAUCAGAAGUACUUUAUUGAUAUUAUCAUUAAAACAGGGGAUAUGCCUGGUAAAUUUAUUUUAAAAUGGAUUACGGAGACUGAUAAAGACUACCAAAGGAUUGGCAAAUUAAACCUUUAUCCUUUUGUGAACGAUGUUGCAUAUAAUGGGGAUGUGGUUGUAUUGGAUUACCAAGUACCCAAAACCACAAAAAUGUUAUCCCCACGAAAAAAACUGACUGAAUUAUACAACCCGAUUAAUUAUAAAAGAAGUAGAAUGUAUUUACUGUCAUUCAUUCCUGAAGAAGAUACCAAAGACUUAUUUUACCAAUGUAAAUAUGAACCCUCUUAUGUUAUAAAGAAAAAAUUAAAGCGUGAGUUUCAAGGAGUUUGGGAAACUCAUUUGACUGAGAUUUACCCACCAGACGAAUCAAAUAUUACUUAUAAGUUAUUAAGCAGUGAUAAAGGACACAUUAUAUUUGGCAAUCCACUUCUUAAGAAGAAAAUAGCAGAUGAUGUAGUGAAGGAAGUUAUGAUUGCUUUACAAAAUAAACAUGGAAGAAAAUAUUCCUUAGUGCAUGUUUUGAAUGUUGAACGUAACCAUGAUCCCUUACAUGGUGAUCGUUUUCUGGUUGAAUUGGAACUUAGUGUUACAGGCUUAUCUAAGACUGUUCGUUUCUCAGAGUAUGUUUAUCAGCCAAAAACUGGUAAAGCUCUUUGUUAUCCCGAAAAUUUUAAAUGGAAUAAAAAUGCAGAUGUAAAUGUAAUAUUAACUGUUGGUCAUCAAGGUAGAUGGGCAAAACAUUUUGUAGACACAAUGUCACAAAUUUACAAUGACACUCAAGAUGCAAAUCUGAAUGUUAUUAUUGUUGACUUUGAUAGCAAAGAUGUUGACUUAGUUCGUGCACUAAAGGAAAGUUCUUUACCAAGGUAUAUCCUUUUAAAACGCAAGGGUAAAUUCCACAAAACGGAAGCAAUCCAAGCUGCUAUAAACACAGUGCAAAAUCCUGAUGCAAUCACCUUGCAGCUUGAUUUACAUCUCACUAUUCCAUCUGAUUUUAUUGAUCAUGUGCGUAAACACACUGUAAAAGGAGUGAUGACUUAUAGUCCUUUACUUGCACGUUUGCAAUGCGGUGCAAAUCCUCAAGUACCAUUUGGAUUCUGGGAAAUAUCUGGCUAUGGAAUAUUUGGUAUAUAUAAAUCAGACUGGGACAUUAUUGGUGGCAUGGAUAUUGAAAAAUUUCGUGAUAGGUGGGGCGAUGAAGACUGGGACCUAUUAGAUCGAGUUUUAAAUGCUGGGUAUGAAGUUGAACGUAUAAAAAUUAGAAAUUUUUACCAUGUUUUUCAUACGAAAAAAGGAAUGUGGCAUAAGAUGGUGUAAAUUUUUGUUUACUAGCUCUUUCAACUCUUUUUAACCAGUGUUGUUAGGUUCGAUGCUAAUAACACGAACUAUCCAGAUAAAAGCUUUUUACCUAAAUUUUCCUCUCCGUGUGCCUACUAAGAGCCCGUGUUGUGCGUACAGCAUGGGCUCCUAUGCAGCUUAAUUGAUUUUUUUACAUAUUAAAAACAAUAUUUUUUUGGAAUUUUUUAUAAGAGUUUAUGUUAGUCGUAAUUUUAAUAUACUCAUAAAUAGCUUUUAUUAUUCAAAAGCAUGGUAAAAGAAAUGAAUUAUGAAUGUAUUUAUGAUUAUGUGAUGGUAAAUCCUUUAAUAAGCACCUCCCCUUUCUAAAGUUGCUCUUUCAAUAAGUACAGAGAAUGCUUCCCUCGUCACAGCUUAUAUUGCUCCCUCUAAUAAGGGUUGUCCCUAGUGCUUAUAAGUAGAUUCACCAUUUACAUGGAAUACACAAUUUUUAUUUGAAUACUUGCAAUAUUAUAGGCUGUAUUUGAAAUUUAAACAAGACGACUUAAUAUCUUAA